CAGCCGGAAAGACUCUCUCUCUCUCUCUGUGUGUGUGCGUGCGUGUGUGUGUGUAUGUGUGCGUGCGCGUGCGUGCGUGCGUGUGUGUGUAAGAGUGGCUGAUGCUCAUGAGGCUCGCGCUGUAUGUUCUGGUGAAGAUGGGACACAUCAUUCCAGACUCGUGAGGUGUGAGUUCUUGGCUGUGUUUCUACUCGAGGCCCCCAUGGAGCCUGAUGUGUUACAUAUGUACUCCUCCUCUCCAUCCCCAAUGGAGGACAGCGUCGAAGAUGAUGAUGAUGAAUUCUGCGAUUUCACUGGUGUCCCGAACAGCGUCAGCUUUACUGAAUUUGACACGCCCGCCACAUUCGACCAGUCUCAGGCUUUGAACGGCACCUCACCACCGGAAUUAUUGAGUAAUGGUAAAAUUAUGGGAUUGACUCAACCUGCAGCAUCUAUAAAGUCUAAUGGCGUGGCUCCUGGCUGUGGCCAGAGCAGCACGCCCAAUGGUAUAAUAGUUCACGUAGUGGAAUUGAAAAAGUUCAACGAGCAUCAAGUUCAUAUCAACUCCCUUGAGUUUGCAGAGAGCUCUCGGACUAAUAACGACACCAUUGACUUCAAUGGCGUCGUUGAAGUGCUCACAAAUGGGUUUGCGACGUUAGGAAGAGAAGGAACCCUUCCUAAACCCCACAAAAACAAAGAAACUGAGAUCAGGGUAGACCACUGUCUUGACGUUGAUGAUGAGUUUGCAGAUUUCUCUACUUUCUCAAAUGCUGACCAUAACCAGACUCCCAAUGAAAAUACAGACUGGGAACAUUUGAAUCAACAAGCUAGUUUAGAAGAUGACAUUAGGGACUCAAAAAUCACAGGGUUGGACUUAUCUGGAUUCCCUUCAGAGAACACUAAAGGUCUCAGCAAUGGGGAUUGGGGUUUCCAUGUAGGGACAGACUUCGAUCAAAGAGAUCUAGAAACCGAUAACGCACAUCAGGACUCCAAUGAAGUGGUUAGCACAGCGCAACCACUUACCCUUAACGGGGUUGGUCAGAACGAUAUUGAUGAGGGGGGCAUAGUGGACAACAGAGUGCCAUCGAACUCUAAUGGGGAGCGAUGUAGGGGUGAACAGUCAGAUGAGAAAGGAUCCAGCAACGGGACUGAAAUGGAGAUGGAAACAGAGACCUCUUUUGGUUGGCCGCUAUCGACAGAUGCACUUGAAGAAUUUGGGGACUUCAGCAUGACAGGAUCCAUACCUUCUCCGCCGGCUCAGGAGGAGACGGCAACUCCAGCCGACCGCAGCCAGCUUGCUGAGGACGACGACUUUGGAGGUUUUGGCGACUUCGGAGAUGCCAGCUCGUUAAAUGCAACAGGAUUUGCUGAUUUUGACCAGCAGGGGGCCACAAUGGAAGUUGCUCAACCUGAUUCGCACCCCAUUCCCCCUAAGGGCCCUGUGGAACCCGAAGAAGAUGAAUUUGGUGAUUUUGACGCAUCAAGAGAACCUAGUAAAACAGAGUUAGCGGGUGAGGAAGGAACUACAUUUGCAGACUUUUCUAGCAGGGACCAUUUUGCAGAUUUCAGCUCCACGCAUGUUGAUAAUGCCAAUUAUAAUGGAAGAUGGCAGGCCUUCUCUGAGCCGAAUCAGAUCCAAGAUAGAGGGGACUCCUGGGCAACAUUCGUGCAGGAACAUGUAGCAGCAUGUACAGAAAAGACUAGAGAUGAUUGGCAUGAAAGCCAGCCGGUUCCAGUGCCCCCUACUGGCAGUGCAGAGGAGCGUAAAAUUUGCACAAUGGCCACACUGGUGAGCCGUUUGGAGAAGAUUUUCCAGGCCACUUUUCAGCUGGUUGUUGCUCCUCAGGUGGAAGAUGAGGUGCAUAUGCUCAAGGCCUUCCUCAAACCUCCUGACCGAUCAGAACAGGAAGCGGGUAGCAGAGAGACAGCCAAAGGGGCACUACGGGACGUUUGGCAACAGUUGCAGGACGUUAACAAUGCCUACGGUCUCCGGUACCAGUGGGGCGGCUCUCGUACCAAUAAAGCACUGCUCUGCUCUUUGGGCAUCGAUACAAGAAAUAUAUUGUUCACCGGUCAUAAAAAGCAGCCGUUAAUUGUGCCAGUGUAUGCUGCCAGUCUGGGGAUGCUGGAACCCACUAAAGAUCCAGUGAAGCCAGUCUCAGCAGCUGAGUUGAUCGCCUCAAUAGCACAAUCUCCUUCUGUUGCCACAGAGUUAAACACCUGUCCACCUGACACCACCCAGGAGUCUCUUCCUCCCGUUCAGUUUGACUGGAGCAGCAGUGGCCUUACAAACCCUCUGGACGCGAGUGGAGGCUCGUCUUUGCUCAACCUUGAUUUUUUCGGCCCUGUGGAUGAGUCGCCUUCUGGCACCACCACCUCCAUACCAGGGAUGGACCCUGAGCUGUACGAGUUGACCCAGGCUAAACCUGAUGUCAGCGGGGGCAGCAGUAGAGUCGUGGAUGCGUUCGCUCGCCUGAUGUUGACCGUAGAGAAGACCAGCACCUCCACCAGAAAGCCGGUGCAGAACGAGGAGCAUCUGAGUGAGGAGGCCCGGGGAGUGAUCGCAGGGCUGCCGGAUCUCUCCUUCAUGCAGGCCAAAGUCCUGAUGUUCCCCUCCACGCUGACUCCUCUGCUCACAUCGGCCUCACCCACGGCCUACUGACUC